GCUGCCUUGCUGCAGGUAUCAGACAGAGGAAUGCGGUGAGUGGUUGGCUUGUCCCCCGCGCCGCAGCGCUGGCAUCGCCGAACAGUAGCUGUUUCCCCCUCCACUCCACCCGAUUCCUUGCCUCGCUCGAGUGUCAGUCGCUAGUCCAGCAGUCCAAUGUCCAGUGUAGUAGGUGAUUGCCGUGUGCCGCUCUCUGUGAUUGCGCCUUUUUCAACAAUUAUUCAUUGUUUUUCUGUCAAAUCAGACAAAUUGUCAACAGUCUACGACACAAUUUAGCGAGUGUAUUGUCUGUGGUGUCGUGUGGUGGCAACAACGCGCCGAGUUCAUGAUAAAAGUGUGCCGUGUCUUGUGAAGUGAAAUUGAGCUGUGGAAUGCGGUGGGUGUUGUUGGUCUGUCUGUCUGUGUGUGUGAAAUUGUUGUGAAUUAAUAUUACUUGUCUACGCACAUACUUACUGUUUGUUCGGUUGUGUUUGUGGAUACUUAUAUCAUGCUCAUUCACGUGGAAUUCCAGCUACAAACUGCUGUACAGGAUAGCACAUGAAAGUUGUGGGUGAUAUUCGGGAUGUAGGAGUAAUGCAGUAUGCGCCAGUGCUCUACCAGUGCACCAGUCGAGUCUUGUACCGCAGUUAGUCCGUCCACGCCCAACACUCGCUUCGCUGCCGUUCACCUUCUCACCAACCAGUCUCUCUAUUUUUGUGUCGAGCCGAAGACAAGAACUAGGGAACUUUACAAGCAGACAUGUCAGCACCUGGCUGGAAAGGGCAUGAUAGACACGAAACUCUUCGGCCUAGCCAUUCUUUCAGAUGGAGAGUACUUGUUUGCAGAUCCAGACUAUAAACUAUCAAAAUAUGCACCAAAGAGUUGGAGAUCGUCUUCUACCCAUGGCUUGGACAACAAUGGAAAGCCACUGCUGGUCUUGCACUUCCGAGUCCAGUUCUACGUGGAAAGUCCCCUUCUCCUCAGCGAUGAGGUGUCGCGACACCACUACUACCGGCAGCUGCGGCAGAACGUGGCGGAACGCGGCCUGGUUCACGCCGGCAGCUCGGAGGAGGCACUCUAUCUGCUCGCGGGCCUCGCGCUGCAGGCCGAUCAAGGCGACUACACACCGGCACCUACCCCCACUACGGCCCCCCCAACCACAUACUUCCAGCCCAACGACUAUUUCCCACAACAGAUGGUGAAGAGCGGCAACGAGUCGCGCCUGGUGCAGAUGGCGAUUGGCGCACACCGCGCGAAUCGCGGCCUGAGUCGCGCCGACGCAGAGGUGCACUACAUCCGUGAGGCAUCCAGCGCUGACACCUCCCCCCUCCCGCACGCCUCUCACCUCUAUCGGCUCAGGUACAAGAAGCAGGAGGCCAACUGCGUCCUCCUCUCCAUCUGCACUCAGGGCAUACAGCUCUACGAGGAGAACUCAUCCAAGUCGCUCAACGGCACCUUCCUUUGGAACGACAUUGAAAAGCUUUAUUUCGAUAGGAAAAAAUUUGAAAUCCGUGCAAACUGGCAACCUUCUGGUCAAAAACUAACCUAUUACACUAGCUGCGAUGAAAAAAGUAAACACUUAUUAGCACUCUGUAGAGAAACGCAUCAGUUUAGCAUGAGCAUACAGGCUCGAUUAGCUGAAGUUCGAAGAAAAGAAGCUGAAGAUGAUCUGGACUUGGAAGUAAUGAUCAAUUCGCCUCCAGCAGUGGCGUCAGUCGAGUCCCUGCCACACGCUUGUGAUGCGCAGAGAACGUCAGAAAGAUCAGCUACUUGCGACCACUUCUCCCAUCUGUCACAUUCCCUCACUCACACACUCUCGCAUCCACAUUCCUGUCCUCAAACUGAUCUUCCUUCUCAAGAUGUUAGCCAUACGAACAGCGGCGGCGGUGGUGGUGGUGGUGGUGGUGGUGGCGCUAGUGGCAGUGCGCUGACCGUCAACUCGAUGAAGACGAGGUCGUCUCUGAUUGGUGGAGCUACCACUCCGGCCACCACUGACGGCAGCCAAUGCUCCAGCUCCUGUUCAACCGUUGUUGUCGCCAGCUGUGCGCCCGAACCUAGGGAAGAACGGAACGGCAUGACUGAGAGGCGAGGCAGUACAACAUCGAGUCUGGAAUUGGAGCUGGGAUUCAGUCACACGGCUCAGAACUCUGUGAUCUCGGAUUCGACGUCGACCUGCCUGGAGUUAGACUACUCGGUGCAGUCGGCGCACACCAGUUCGGGCGUCUACACCCUCCGCAGCAGUACGCACGCCACCAACACAGACACAGUGGCCUGCUCGUCCGAGACCAGUGGCAUUGGUGUCGACGAAAGCGAUGGUCACAGAACGAGAAGUGGCUCGCUGGUGAGUGCGUCGGGCAGCUUCCACGGGGACGGGAGCGACCCGUCGGACGCGGGUCGGGGGACACUGCUGACCGCAGAAGAGCUCUCCGACCUGAUUGUGGGUCGCAGCCCGAAGCCGCGACGGGGCGUGUACCCGUCACGGGCCACAGUCAGCUCCACCCUCGACUCUGACUCCGACUAUGUCACCCUGCCGCCUCCGCCCCUCCCGCCCCCGCGCUCCGACUCCGAGGCCCUCAGUCGCAGCUACAGCACCCUGGACUCCGAACCCCCGCAGUCCCAUCUGUCGCCCUUGUAUCAUGAGGACAGUUUGAUUAAUUCGCGCAAGGUAAUGGAGGAGCAGAUGCUACAGCAGCAGAUUCAAUUCCAGCACCUGGCCUCGCCGUACUCGCCACAACUCGUGUUACCAAAGGCACAGUCCUUCCUGGACCACAUCCUCGUCAACUCCGCCCCGGCCAGCAUCCCCCUCCACCUUCCACCGGACACCAGACACCACGCUCUGCUGCCGUCGGCCUACUCGCACCUACCUGAACACCGCAAGUACCCCGUCGACCCCGCCUCCAGGAUGAAAGCAGCUGCUAACACAACCCAAAACCUCAUUCCCAUUGUUACGAGUAACAACUAUCUGGAUGUGAGAGGUAGUGGUGCGGCCUUCCUGCAACACUAUCACCAGAAGUUCCCCCCUCCGCCGCAUCCUCGGCAACCGCCGCCUCCACCGCCUCCGCCGCCCCCCAGACCGACCCUGGCGACGGUCUACACCAGUCAGGUGACCAGCGGUCAGAUUGAACAGUUCAAACAGCAGUUGUACUCGGACGUGGACUACGUUAUCUACCCGAUGCAGGACCCGGCCAUCAGCAAACAGGAGUACAUGGACUCUAAGCUGGCUCUGGGCCACUACCAGCACCCCCCGCCCCCGCCCUACCCGCACAAGUCGCGCCUGCUCUACCGGUCGACUCCGAACGUGGCCGCCUACCUGCCCCUCCCCACCCCCACUACCACCCCCAUCCAUCACUACGCCUCCAACCAGAACCUCACCACCGCCGACUCACUCUCCUUCGUUUCCACUCAUCACCCUUCUUCGCCCUACUCUGCCGCUGCCUCCUAUUCUUCAUCAUCAACGCAUAGUCUCAGGUAUGAUCCUCUUACCCUCCAGAUGAUGCCUUCAGUAUUAAGUAGUGGUUUCACGAGAACACAGUCUGAUGACAACAUUCUCAACUGUGUUUACGAUAAACCAAAAUUCAGGCGUCCUCCUCCACCUCCGCCUUAUGAACUGCAGAACCAAUAUGUGUGUGAAGCGGAAGAGCUGAGGAAGACGCUUCUGCCUCCGACGCCUGUGCGGCACACGUCAUCCCUGUCUUCAGCUGCAGCUGCAGUUCACAGCAAGCCUGUUUUUCCGCCGUCUUUAUCGAAGACAGUGCUGGAAGAACAACGCAAACUCAACAACGGCAAUGUGGCAAAGGGAAUAGGAGCGGGAGCGGCAGCGGGAGCGGAUGGAUUGCUCGACAUCAGCACCCUUCGUGAGAAAAGUAAAAACCUGGAUCUGCCGCUGAUAUCGGCACUGUGCAACGACAAAUCACUGCUCAAACAGACCAACGCCUUCGUCAUGCCCAAACACCCUUCCGCCUCCACCGCCUCCACCUCCACCCCCCGCGACGACCGCCCCAAGUCGUGGCACGUCAAAUCCCCCAAGAAAUGCUCAUCGGAGGCGGCAGCCAUCGUGUCCACGGAAAGUGUCGGCACCUCCACCGAUCCUUCGCCCAAAAAGAACACUCUGUUCGCCUCCUUCCUGUCGGCCAAAUCGUCCCCCUCCUCCGUUCCUGCAGUUCCUCUCAAGUACGCCACCACCUCCAAUAGCAAACUCAAGUACCCCGUCUCUGGGUUGUCGACCAAUCAGAUUGUCAAGUCCAGUCGAAAAACAGCCACUAGUUGUCAUACUCAUCCAUCCGAUUCCAAACACCAUGCACACACCAAACUAUCCUGAUACAAUUUUUCCCUUCUAGCGAGGAAUAGUUUUUAAUUCAAUGUUUAGACUUAUUAUAUGAAUAUAAUCGUGAGGAUUCGUAUGAGGUACAAAUUAACGAGUAAGUUAUGAUGAAUCUCCUUGAACAAUUAUUUGAUAAUAUUUGACCAAUAUUCAUUGGUCAAUUAUUAAUGAACUGUUAUCUUAGAUCAUUCAAUUUGCCGUAUAAGCUCUUGCAGGCUUUGUCUGAUCGCUUGUAUCUCAUACAUACUUCUAUUAAAGUCUUAACGCACUCAUUUCAAGAAAGUUUCACUUGAGGUAUUUAUUUCGCUUCCUCAUUUCUUCUACUUAACGUUGAAAACUUUAAGAAGAAUGAUAAUAAUGAAGAAUGAAUCGUUAAUCCUUACUCAGCUUCAAAUUCUUCAGUCGAUAAGAAUUUUUAACAGUAAUUCCGACAUCAAAGAAGACAGGUACUUGUUACGUGCCUGUAGGGGUAACGGAAAUUACUUUUACAUCAAUUAGGCGAAUUAAAAUCAGAGGGAUGCUUUAUUAUGAUUCUUUUGUUGUCUGUUUUAAAACUAAUUCACUUGAAAACAUGUGUUUUAACAUGUUUCAGUUCAUUUGAGAAUAAUAAUUAUUAGUGUUGAGAAACUCUAUGUACAAGAGCAUAAUAAUUAUCUAGCGUUUGUUAAGAUAACUGAACACUGAAAUAUUCUAUUUUAGAAUUGACAAAAGAUUGGUCUUCCAUUCCAAGCUAAUGAUGUGCCUUGCUUUAAUUUUAAAUAAUUUUAUACAAACUUUUCUAAUCUUUAUAUUGAGGAUAUCAUCUUUAGAGAUUUGAGUGCACUGGAACUCGCAUUAUCCAUAUUAUUUCUUAUCCAAGGUACCUUGGAUAACCUUACCUUAUUUGUCAUCUACAUUCCACUUCAUGAAGUUAUCUCAUUUUCUCUCGUACCGUGAUUAACUUUUAUAGCCGUACUUCACUUUUAAACAUUAAGGGAGUUGCUCAAUGAUCGUUAAUAAUAUGAUUCUCUUAUAAAUUCUGUAACUCUAAAUACUUUUCAACCUAUUAAAACUACAGAAGUGCCAAAUGCAUGAAGAAACAUUCUACAUUGCCAUAUUAAUAAAGAAAACUCAAAUAAUUAUGGUAACGGUGCUAUAUUUAUGGGAUGAAAAAUCAAAUAUCAAAGAUAGGCAAAAUAUUUAUAGCAAAAAUAAUUUUAAUUAAUCAGAAGUUGCAUUAGCUCUUACUGCAACUUCGUAUCAUGGGAUUAUUUAAAAAAAGUUAGAUUGAUUGGAAAUCUGCUAUUAUCAAUGGUGCUAAGCCGUUAAAUUCUUGUGAGAAGAAAUAAUUUGAAAACAAUAUGUUUCACUUUAUCAUAAAGUGGUGCUCAUUCAAAAUUAUACUUAUUGUACAACACAACUGUUAACUUUUUUACGCUCAAUUAGAUAAGAUAGUUAAGAUAAUUUUGUAGAUUGUGUUAAUUUCAACCCUUCAAACACAUCUUGGAAUUCAAUUAGAAAAUUCCCUGUAUCUAUCUAUUUCUGACUUGGAAAUUGUAUUUUUAAAAUACUUGUAGACUCUCAAGUCUAUAUUAAAAAGUGUUAGUGUAGAUAAUUUACCCAUCAGUGACUUGUUUUGUGUUUACCACUAUAACAAUAUUGAUUGGGCUUCUUUAAUUUAUUUAUAAGUUGAAUAUUGACAAAAAUUCAAAAUGUUUCGAGUAGUUGUACUGGUCUUAUUCUUGUACAAAAACGCUCAAAAUAACAUUAUUUUAUAUUAAUAUUGUUUAUUUGGAAAUUUUCACUAAUGUGAAAAUUUCUUUGUCAACUCAGGGUGCCAUUAAUAUAUUAUAUACUGUACUUUUUAAAUAGAUAUUAAUAUUAUACAUAAUACAUAAAAGGAAAUAUGUUUCUGUUAAACCAUAAUAUGAGUAGUUGUUAUAUUAUAUGAACUACUUUGGUGUAUUUAGAUGUUUAAUUUGCUAGUUUAUUUAUCAAGAAGUUUGGAAGUAAGCUCUGUUUCCUACAAAGUGAGCAUAGUAUAAAUAUAAAAUAUAUACAUAGAUUGAUAUCAUAAGUUGUACAUUUCUGUCUUAUCGUAAUUAAUGUAAAAUAAUUUUGAUGCCAUUUUGUUAGAGAACAGAGCAUACAGAAGUGGAAGUGCAAUUUUAUUUAUCACUUUAUUGUGUUGUAGGGUAAUUUGCUCAAGAAUUUUCAAUUACAUUUAUCUCUUGAUUCACUAUUGUACAUUUUUGUAAUGAGAUUUAUGUCAGAAGAGGACAGAAAUUACUAUUGAAGCGAUUUUUUUAGGAUUUCUUAUUAGAUUUUCUAGUAUAUUUUUAAUUGCAGAUAAAAAUAAUUAUUCGUUUUGAAUCGAAUUUAGUUGCGAAUGAAUCAUCUUUCAUGAUCUAUACCUUCACAUACAAAUCUUAUUGCUGGUUAAAAAAUGCAUAUUCUAUCCAUCAAAUUCCAGUGAUGCAAUCACAAAAUUGUAAAUAAAAAUAUAAUCACAUUAUCAGACCAAAUCUAAACAUCACCGUAGUUAUGUAAUAGGUCAGCCAAUCUUUGUUGUUUUCUAGAACCUUCAAAAUGCUUAUUCAAGAAAAAUGUCUGCCAUAAAAUAUAAUAACUAUUUAUCUUGCAAACACCGGAAACCAAUACAUAUUUAAAAGGCUGUGAAGGUUAUCUACAACUAGAUAGCAAACUCACUUCUAGCCCUAUAAUUUACUACAAUUCAAUUAUAAUCAAUCACGUAACAUGGUCCAUUAUUAUUCCAUUGCAGUGUAUGAUAAACAGUCAUCUUCAUUCUUUAUAGUGCAUUUCAUGCAAACAAAUCCAUAAUGUAAUACUGGUAUCUUCAGAUUUUUUAAGCACUCUUCCUCUGCAAACUCAAAAGUAAUAAAUAUUAUAGUUUUAAACAAUUUAGUAGUAAUAUCAUGCCAAGUUAUCAAAUGAUUUAUUACAAAUGAAAUCGAAUUUGAGAUAGAUUCUUGUGUAUAUAAAUAGUAAACAAAAUUCGCAUAUCAUGAUUUCUAGUGUCAUCUUAAUAGAAUGAAUGGUUGAAUAAACGAUGAUACAAUAGAG